ACAAACAGAGUGCCAGACUCUGACAGUUGAAGUUGGAGAAGAGAAGUGACUUCAUGGCUUCUUCUCUGCCGAAUUGUCCGCCGUUUGAGUUCGCCGCCAAGUAUUACUCCGGCACGGGUGACAGUUGCGUGAGACAGAGCAGUUUCUUUGGAGGGAAAGCAGUUUUAAAUCAAGGUGUUGGGUACUCUGUUAUUCUUGGAUUUGGGGCCUUCUUUGCUGUCUCCACCUCCUUUCUGGUUUGGUUGGAGAAGCGAUAUGUUGGAUCGCACCACACAUCAGAAUGGUUCAACACUGCAGGCAGGAAUGUUAAAACAGGACUGAUUGCUAGUGUGAUUGUAUCUCAGUGGACUUGGGCUGCUACAAUUUUACAAAGCUCAAAUGUUGCAUGGGAAUAUGGAGUUAGCGGCCCUUUCUGGUAUGCCAGUGGGGCUACCAUCCAGGUACUCUUGUUUGGCGUAAUGGCGAUAGAGAUCAAAAGAAAGGCCCCCUAUACUCAUACCGUAUGUGAAAUUGUGAAAGCUCGAUGGGGAACCGCUGCUCAUCUUGUGUUUCUCACUUUUUGCUUCUUGACAAACAUCAUUGUCACGGCUAUGCUUCUUCUUGGUGGCUCUGCUGUCGUGAAUGCACUCACUGGAGUGAACAUCUACGCUGCAAGUUUUUUAAUCCCACUUGGCGUAAUUGUCUACACGCUUGCAGGGGGACUAAAAGCCACCUUCUUGGCAAGCUACAUACAUUCAGUAAUAGUGCACGUUGUUUUAGUCGUGUUUGUGUACUUAGUUUACACAUCAAGCAGUAAGCUAGGCAGCCCAAGUAUCGUAUACCAUCGUCUGCUUGAGGUUGCAAGCAAAUCAAGAGUCUGCCAAGAGCCACUCACCCAUAAUGGGCAGUCUUGUGGGCCAGUUAGUGGGAAUUACAAGGGCUCUUACCUUACAAUGUUGAGUUCUGGAGGGCUCGUCUUCGGGAUAAUUGACAUUGUUGGCAACUUUGGUACCGUGUUUGUUGACAAUGGAUAUUGGGUAAGUGCCAUUGCUGCAAGGCCUUCAUCAACUCAUAAGGGCUAUUUGCUGGGCGGGUUGGUCUGGUUUGCUGUGCCAUUCUCUCUGGCAACGGUACUAGGUCUAGGAGCACUAGCCCUUGAUCUACCUAUAACGGCAAGUGAGGCUAGUCAUGGACUUGUUCCUCCUGCAACGGCUAUUGCUUUGAUGGGAAAAGGAGGAUCUAUUCUUCUACUUACUAUGCUUUUUAUGGCUGUGACGUCUGCCGGUUCAUCAGAACUAAUAGCAGUCUCUUCCUUAUGCACUUAUGACAUCUACCGCACUUACAUAAACCCAGAUGCAACUGGAAAGCAAAUCCUCAGAGUGUCAAGGGGAGUCGUCCUAGGCUUCGGAUGUUUCAUGGGACUUUUAGCAGUAAUACUAAACAAGGCUGGAGUUUCAUUAGGAUGGAUGUACCUUGCCACGGGAGUCUUCAUUGGCUCUGCCGUCCUUCCCAUAGCUUUCAUGCUUCUAUGGCGAAAAGCAAAUGCAAUCGGUGCCAUCCUUGGGACGACUAUUGGUUGCAUUCUUGGGAUUAUCACUUGGCUGUCACUUGCGAGUGUUGAGUAUGGAAGGGUCAAUCUUGACACGACUGGAAGGAAUGCACCGAUGCUUGCUGGAAACCUCGUGUCCACACUUACUGGUGGAGCAAUUCAUGCCGUGUGUAGUUUUUUGUGGCCUCAAAACUAUGAUUGGGAUACGACAAAGCAGAUAACUAUGGUUGAGAAGGAAAAGAGUGAAUUGCUAGCUGAGGAGUUCAAGGAGGAAAAGCUGAUAAGAGCGAAAGCGUGGAUUGUGAAAUGGGGUGUUGGUUUUACUGUUGUGAUUGUUUUGUUGUGGCCCCUUCUUUCUCUUCCUGCAGGUAAAUUCAAUAACCAGUGUUUGAAUUCACAUUUUUUAUGUUCAUAUUUUUGUGAGAUUGGAUUACCAGGAAUCGGACCAAAGGCCUUGAGAAUGGACGGAAUGAGGCCAGGGACUUUCAGCAAUUAGCUGGCAACUCAUUCUGUUCGUUCUGAUUCCUUGUAAUCCAAUCUCACAGGUAAGUUCAAAAUUUUGAUAUUCACUUUUUGCUUCGAUUUCCAUAAUAGCACAUGAAUGCUUAAUCCUUCUAUUUUGAAGCCACUACCAAAAAUUAAAAUGAAAAAUUCAUCACCAAGACAUGAACUGACCAUAACCUCAUUCCCAACUUCUACAGGUGAACUUUUUGAGAUUAUAUCAAUUGAAGAAGUGUCAUUUUGUGCCGAUAAUAUGUUACCUCAGUUUGAUAAGCAGCAUUUUUGUUUUGUUCUUUUGUUUUUGUUGUUGAACAAGUAAAUAAAUGGAAAUUGGAAAUGAAAGAUGUGAGUUGAUUAAACUCUUCUUCCUUUUUUAUUGUUUUGUUUUGUUGUUGGGUUAUUGCAGGGUGAUUCAGCAACGGGUACUUCACAUUCUGGGCAAUCAUAGCAAUAGCAUGGGGUACAAUUGGAUCAGCUGUAAUUAUAGUUUUGCCACUGACAGAAAGCUGGCAAACGAUCCAAAGUGUCAUUCUUGGCAUGUUUACAAAUGACAGGCUCAUGGAAAAGGUCGAAGAGUUGAAUUUGAAGCUGAACACGAUCAUGUUGGCAAUACCUGAAGCAGAAAGACUUUACUUGCUUGAGAAAGGGAAGGCCAAGAAAAAUGAAGCAUCAGAGCCAGAUGCUCACAUUGUCCCUGCCUAAAACAUUUCUCACUCAGCUCAUCAUGAAUGAGUGGCACAAAAUUCUGCUUGGAUUUUGAAGUGAUGAAAUAAAAAAGGGAUAAAAAUUGGUGA